GCCGACGGCAAGAUCAUCCUGCGCGCCGAGUGCGCACGGCCGUGCUGGGCCACCGAGUCGAAGCGCUACGAGGCGCCGAUCCGCAUCGGCAUGGGCAAGACGGGCAGCUACGUGUGGGAUGUCGUGCCCACGGCGCCUUCGAACAAGCGAUCGCGCGAGAGUCUCUGGACCAUCGUCGAGGUGGCCACAGGCCGCAAGACGCGCAUGAUGAACGACGACAUGACGACAUCAAACUGGCGCUUCGUCGGACCGCAUGGCUGGUUCUACGUGGUCACGGGUGUGCCGCAGGAGCCGAGGAUCGUCGUCAUGGACUCUGGAGGCAGCUACGAAGUGGCCGAGUUCGACCCGGAGGAGUGCAAGGGCGUGCUGCACCUCGACCUGCGCCCUGCGGGCUCGGACUUUCGUCAGCGCGGCCAUGAGCCCGUCGACAUCACGUUCAUCGUGGCCGUCUUCGAAUGCAUCAAUGCCAUCCGCGACGAAUGCGCGGGCGCGGGCAAGGGCCGUCGUGACGAGCGUGGCCGGCUGAAGCUCGGCGGCCGCUCCGGGCUGCGCAAGGCCUUUGACCGAUUCCUGAGCAUCUGAACCGCCUGUUCCCUGUCCCGCGUCUCUUCUGUCGCUUGCAGCACCGGCCGCACCGCACCGGCUCUGCACUCCUAACUCGUCUCGCUGUUCUGCUCCUCCACACGCUACUCUCCGCCCGCUAAUGCCGCCCUCGCCGCAAUGACACACCGGGCCUCUCUCUGGCCAUGCCGCUAGAUCUGUGUCCAUUGUGCCGGGCGAGCAGUGUGAAGCGAGCGCGCCACAGCAGCAGCACGGCUCGCGUGAAGGAGUAUAGCACGCCGGGCGAGACAGUGAGGGCGUUGGACGUAUGCAUGAAAAGAGCGAGACGAGAGCUGAGGGGCGUGUACGUGAGAGGUGUGCGGAACGAGGCGCACGAGCGGGUGUGUGU